AGAGUAUAUAAAGGGCAAAGCAUGGGGCAGCAGCAGACUGACUCCGGGGCUCACCUUGCUUCCAGCUCAGGUAGCCUCCUCCUGCCAUGGAUCUAUACACUCUGCUCACCAGCGCCCUGUGCACCCUGGCACUGCCAGUACUACUCCUGCUCACAGCUGCCAAGCUAUGGGAAGUGUACUGCCUAAGCCGCAAGGAUGCCAGCUGCAGAAACCCUUUGCCCCCUGGCACUAUGGGGCUGCCCUUCUUUGGAGAGACUCUGCAAAUGGUGCUGCAGAGGCGCAAGUUCCUCCAAGUUAAGCGAAGGAAGUACGGUCGCAUCUACAAGACGCAUCUAUUCGGCAGCCCCACGGUGCGCGUUACGGGCGCAGAGAACGUUCGCCAGAUCCUACUGGGGGAGCACAAGCUGGUGUCCGUUCACUGGCCGGCAUCUGUCCGCACUAUCCUGGGGGCCGGCUGUCUGUCCAACCUGCACGACUCCGAGCACAAGUACACCAAGAAGGUGAUCAUGCAAGCCUUCUCCCGGGAAGCCCUCGCCAAUUACGUCCCGCUGAUGGAAGAAGAACUCAGACGCUCCGUCAACCUGUGGCUGCAAAGCGACUCCUGUGUAUUGGUGUAUCCCGCCAUCAAGCGACUGAUGUUCCGCAUCGCAAUGAGGCUGCUGCUCGGCUGCGAUCCCCAGCGCUUGGGCCGCGAACAGGAGGAGACGCUGCUAGAAGCCUUCGAGGAAAUGACCCGAAAUCUCUUCUCUUUGCCUAUUGAUGUGCCAUUUAGCGGCCUCUACCGGGGUCUGCGGGCCAGAAACAUAAUUCAUGCCCAAAUUGAAGAAAAUAUCAAGGAAAAGCUGCAAAGGGAACCAGACGGACAGUGCAGGGAUGCCCUGCAGCUGCUGAUUGACCACAGCCGCCGGACUGGUGAACCUGUCAACCUGCAGGCUCUGAAAGAAUCGGCAACGGAACUCUUGUUUGGAGGCCACGGAACCACAGCCAGUGCUGCCACGUCCCUCACCACCUUUCUUGCACUUCACAAAGACGUUCUGGAAAAGGUCCGCAAGGAGCUUGAAUCACAGGGUCUCUUGUCUAAUAAACCCGAGGAGAAGAAGGAGCUGAGCAUUGAAGUACUCCAACAGUUAAAGUACACUAGCUGCGUCAUUAAGGAGACCCUGCGGCUCAGCCCACCAGUGGCGGGUGGAUUUCGUGUGGCCCUCAAGACCUUUGUAUUAAAUGGCUAUCAGAUUCCCAAGGGUUGGAAUGUUAUAUACAGCAUUGCUGACACUCACGGCGAGGCGGAGCUGUUUCCCGACAAGGACGAAUUUAACCCGGACCGAUUUCUCACACCGCUUCCCGGAGACUCCUCGAGGUUCGGUUUCAUCCCGUUCGGAGGUGGCGUGAGGUGCUGUGUCGGCAAAGAGUUUGCUAAAAUCCUCCUCAAGGUCUUCAUUGUGGAAUUGUGCCGGAAUUGUGACUGGGAGCUCCUGAAUGGAUCCCCAGCCAUGAAAACCUCCCCAAUUAUCUGUCCCGUGGACAACCUACCCGCUAAAUUCAAGCCCUUUGCCAGCUCUAUUUAAGCAAUUAAUAUUCUGUAUGUAAACCUACUCUAUAGCAUCUUAAAGUUGUACAUAGUGGCUUUUGUAACUGGUUUUAUAUUUAAUUUGUACAGUGUUGCAGUUAUUUAUACUUUUAAUUUUUGUUUUCGUCACUGAAUUGAAGCACUAUAUGCGGGUCUUGGCCGUGGUGUCUGGGAUUUGCAUCACUGGACAUGUAUUAACGCAUCUCUGUAAAUGUUUCUGUAAAUAUGAAUUUCGUGUUUGCUGUAAUAAAGCAUUAACAUAAAGAA